GACCAAACUCCAGACGGACACAUUCUACCUCUUCUUCACCCAUAAGAACCAAUCUUGAAAGACCCUCUUCUUCACAGAGGACUUUCCCUCUGCAGUCCGUCCUCCUCUCGACAAACCACUCACCCUCCCCCUCCCUCCCUCACACUGCUUCUCCGACGCUCUCCUUUCCUUGCAUCUGCAUCAACAUGCCCGACACAUACAACCUUCUCGACACCCUCGACACCUUCCUCUCCGACCUCCACUCCUCCCUUCCCCCAGCACUGCAAGCCUACUUCACGCGCUCGAACGUACAAUCCCUCCUCCGCGCCAUCAUCAUCUUAUCCACAUACCUCCUCUUCCGACCACACCUAGAAUCGUUAUUCCGCAAUAUCACGGGCACCCCGGACAAAAGACAAGAAGAAAUCAAAGCGCGCCUGGAAUUUCUGAAACAACAAAAGGAUGGCAAUCCCAACCCCCAACCCAACCUAGACCCCGCAAUGUUCGGCGGCAAAAUCCCCUUGGUCAAUCGGGAGGGCAAAAUCGUCAAGCUCCUCACGCCCGAGGAGGCCGAGGCCAUGAAGAAGCAGCAACAACAACAACAGCAGCAGCAGCAGCCAAGUAAAGGCACGACGGGGAAUAAGAGCGCAGAAGGGGCCCGGAGUGGUGGUGGUGGUGGUAAGAAGGGCCGGAAGAAGGCAUAAGCGCCCGUCUAAAGGUCGAGGCAAACAGGGACAGGAAAAAUACAGCAGCGGCAGCCGUGCAGCGAUGGACUGUGGUCCGGCCAGUCGAGCUAAGUGGUAUAACUGGCACGAUUGGAUUCGGACGCUUCUAAAGGACGGCCAACGACCAACAUUAUGGCAGACAGCAUUAUGAGCAUGAGAUCAACUUGACCAAGCGGCAUGAAUAUCUUCCUAUGCCCUAUAUGACGGCACGAGGUCGAGCGGCAUAAAUACACGCCAUGACUAACUUCUACUACCAUGACAUUGUUCUCUACGAACAGCCGGAUCAAGCGACAUGCUAUCUCUGUAUACUUUACAUUAACGCCGAGUUCAAGACUUAGCUUGAUCAGCGCCUGUUAGAGCGUACCCCCCAAGAGGCAAGUCCAUGCUCAAAACCAACUUCUCAGUGUGCUGGUUGGAUCGUGUCUAGUACAGCCUCCUCAACUCCUCCCCCCAGGCUCGCGCUUCCUCGACACUCACGUGGAUAUUUUCCUCCAUGAGUCCGCCUUCUCUCAAAACCACUUCGAGCUCCUGGUCAUUCAAUGCCAAAAGUGCCUGCUCGACCAUCUCCCCGUCCACCACACGGAACGGCUCAUCUUUCUCCAUGACUUCCGUCUUCCAUGCUCGGAACUUCGUCCAUGGCAUAUACCCCGGUGCCUGGACGCGACCCGCCAGCGCUGACUGCAGAAGCAACAGCACAUUCACAUAUGCCGGAUUGAUCGUCGCCAGCAUAUAGAUUGCACCCUCGACCGUAGCCAAAAACGCUCGGGGUGUGACCAGUGGACCUGUACGAGGCAAUUUUGGAUCGAGACUGCCCGUCUUUCCGGCCCUGGCAUCAUCGCCGUUUGCUUUUCCAUCGACCGUCUUCUGGACCUGCGACGGGGCGGGCGUCGACGAGAUUGCAACAAUUUUGUUGACCACCUCACCUAGCCGGAACUCGCCCGUCACUUCGAGCCGGCGACGAUAAUCUCCUUCAACAUCCUGAGAGCCCUGGCGGAGAGUAAUCAGGUUACCCUCCAUAUCCGCCACGACCCAUUCAUUGUCUGCAAUGGCCGCUGUCGCCGAAGACCAUAACGUCGCAAAAUGCCGUGAGGUCUCCCGGAGUCUAUACUCCGGAUUUGUCGAAUCUGGCGGAAUAACCUGCAGAAUCGACAGUGACUUCAUCAGAUCCGCAACGGCAAUCUGUGCAGGUGUGUCCUGCGUAGCUGGCGUGACUGCCAGUGACAGAGGGUUUGUCGAGGUGCGGUACGUUGCCAGCUUGGACAACUCCAGAGAGUGCCCGCCCCUUGUUGACGACGGGAGAAGUCCAUAGAGUACUACCUGAAAUCACAUUGUCAGUACACAGACA